GGGGUGAAGCGGUCUGUUGAAUCAUUACGAGGAAAGAAAUACUAUAUCCUACGAAAACGUCGCCUUGGUCGCGUUAGACCGUCGCGGCGGGCGACAACCUCAAAGGGCCGGGGAAAAUCCCGACGUCUGAGAGCUACCGCACGAUGCAAUCUUUCGAGCAGUGAUUCUAUCAGUUGCGGAAAUGUUAGACGAUGGCUCCAUGACAUUCCUGAGGUUGCGCCAGAUGGCUUCAAGAGUCAAGAAUUGCCCUUAUUCUUUUUGCAGCUCAUGAACCAUAUUCACCGAGUCGCGAUGGACGAGAGAAUCGAUCAUUUUCCAAGCUCUGGAACUAUGUGCACUGGGUCUGUGAGCAAAGACGGCUUAUUUAAUACGACCAAC